CGAUAUAUGUCCAACAUUUAAAGAAUACGGAAAAACACUGUCAUGAGAAGAAGAAAACUUUUUUGUGAAGGUGAAAAACGAAAAAAGCCAAUGAUUAAGUAUAGUGGUUCAGACGCAGAUUAUGGGCUCGCUGAACCAUUAGACGGUUUGAUUAGCGAUAACGAUUUAAAGUUAAAAAAAGAUUCAUUUUUAAAACAAUUAGUCGAAGUCAAUGCAGAAGAAUUAGAAUACAACACUAGAGAACAAAGUCUAAGUAAUGAUUGGCAUAAUGAAAGAAAAAAAAGGCUUACAGCAUCAAAUUUUGGUGAAAUAUGCAAGAUGAGAAAAAAUACAAGUUGUCGAACAAAAGUAUACAACUUAUUGUACAAACCAAACACAACGUGUAAACAAACGACUUAUGGCAUUCAAAUGGAACCUUUAGCACGAGCACACUUUGAAAAACUUUAUAAUAUGCAUGUGUAAAUAUGUGGACUAUUUUGUGACAAGGAAUUUCCUUAUUUAGCCGCGACUCCGGAUGGAUUGGUCGGUGAAAAUGCUAUAUUGGAAAUCAAAUGUCCGUUUGCAGCGAAAGAUUCUUUAAAUGCAGUUGAGG